AUAGUGAUUGACCAACCGAUGGUCGCAAACAUGUCAUGAGCAUAUAUUAGUCACACCAACCGUUCUGAGUAUCACCUCUGAUUAUCACAAUUGAGUACGUGACGCUGAUAUGGAUUUUGUUUCAGUCUGAUUUUUUAUGACAUUGAUAGUGACAUUUUGCAGCACUGGUAAUGGGAUAUUGAUACCGAUUUGUGUUAAAUUACGUUGACCUUCUACUAAUGAUAAAAAGUCCUUCGUGCAUUGUUGUUCUAGUUCAUCACAUAUUGUUACGUGCAAAAACAGAAAAACAGGACGUAAUAGAGAGAAAGUCAAUACAAUUUUAAACCCAAUGAACGAAUGAAUUGCACUUUCAAUUGUAAUGAAUUUAGCAAAAAAAAAAGCAAAAGUCCACCACUGAUGAGCUCAUGCCACCCCAUCGCGAACCUUGAAUCAUGACCACAUCCAAGGAUUAGCCUUGCACAUGCUAACGCACCGCAUUGGUCCGCGAACGAAAUGAUCGCCACGAUUGAAAACUUUAUUCCACACUGCCUCGCACAACGGCCCCGUCAAAUGGUAGUAAUUAUUUGUAUUUGGAAUUCCCUCCCUUUGCUCGAGGCUUGACACUGAAUCAAUCGGUCGGUGGGUCUAAAAAUGGACACGCCUUUACACGACGUGACGAUGGCGUGGUCUCUCCUCCUGCUCAGUAGCCUUUCGGUUCGCUAAUUCAACCACGCGGUGCUCCACGAAAUUGGAAGUCGACGGGCGAGGCCGAAAUAUGUUUCCAUUUCCGCCAUACCGGUAUGCCCUUCCGCGUGCACUAAUUGAAGUCGAAGCGAUUAGCAUAAAACGUGUGCACGAGUGUGACGCCGAUGCCAAAACGGCUACCGACCGACAGCACCAAAAACCUGCCAGUCCCGGGUUCGGGGUUCGGGGCGGGCAAAAUUCUUCCAUUCCGUGCUGAAGCAGUGCUGAGCAGCGUUUGAUAAUUCAAUCACAAACUUUGCACAUCUCCGUUUCAUUUCCGCCGUUUUGAUUCCAUUCCCGUGAACCCGUGGUGGUCCAAGAGCAAAGGGUCAGGCGACGGAUGCUUGCCGAUGGUCAGAUGUCCAGCAAACGCUUUCCAGCCGGUUGGGAAGAGUGUCGAAGAGUCGAGUGAAAAAUGAUGUUCCGUUUGUUAGCCGAGCCAGCUGGGGCCAGUCAUUCGCUUUCGUUUUCAUUUUGCAGGGUGUUUUUUCUUCUUAUGUUUGUGCGUGUGUUCGUUGUUGUUUAUUCGCCCCAUUUCGCUGCUUCAUUUCCUAAAACGAUUCCCAUUUUAUGACGCCAGACGAAGAGAUUUCAGUGAUUUCGACGGAAGUUAGCAUUUCAAGUGUCCACUCACUGACGCCUGCUCGAGACUCCGAGUGCGUUGUUGCGUCCAGUGUGGGCUGAGUUUGUGUGUGUGCGUGUUGACUUUCCCCUAACGGAAGUACGCUCAACAAGUGGUUUUAUACACUAGUUUGUUCGUUUGUCGCUGUAAGAGGCGGUAGAAGCUGUCCAGCUUCGAAAAACACGAUACUCCCGCUCGGGGCGGUGCGUUAGUACGACACAAUGGCUACGUCAUUCUUUGGCUCCUCGACGACGCCCGCACCUAUGGCGUCGGCGGCCGGAGCCGGUACCGUUGGACUGUUGGACAAGCUGGACCACUUGCUCAGUACGACCGUGCUGCACGAGGCACGCGUUUAUCCUGUAACCAUACCGCCGGCCACAGCAGGUUAUCGACCGUCGGACGCGCUGGGCAAUGUGUCCGAAAUGAGUUCAUCAGUACCCGCCGCCACCUCGCCGACGGUUCUGACCACUGUGGUACAGACCGAUGAUUUCGUCGUCCUACCAGGGCCAGAGGAUGUGCUGCUACUCAACACGACCACUGGACUGUACCAGCAAUCGGUGACGCUAACCGCACGAAUGUAUCCGAUUGAGGCCACCGCGGCAAAGUCGAUCUGGGGCCUACCGACGCUGAUCUGGGGUAUACUGAUCGGAACGGUCGUGAUAUUGAUACUGAUCCUAGCGACACUCUUCUUCUGCUGCUGGGUGCAGCCACGUACGCGCAAACUGCUCAACUCGAGCUACUACACGACCACCGCCAACAACGGAAACGCCUCCCAAAGCUCGAUUGUAGCCAAAUCGUGCACCAGCAGCGACUCGAACCAACUAGUGAUGCCCCUAUCGAUCGGCAUCUGUCCACCGCAGUACAGUGCCCCGCCACCGCCCUCCACCAGCACCAACACCCCGCAGCACACCGCAGCGAGCGGCAGCAACAGCUCGCUACAUCAUGCUUCAACCCAUCCUGCCGGCGGAUGUGCACACCAUACCUGUAGCGCCGUCCCAGCAACCACGACCAACCAGCAGCAGCAGCAGUGCAACAGCAUGGCAUCCGGUGGGCAGGACUACGGCCACCUAAAGUACGGCAGCUCACCGCAGCAGUACGCCGCCCAGCAGUACGCUCACCAUCAUCAUCAUACACAGCAGCAGCAACAGCAGCAACAUCACCAACAUCAAUGCAUACAUUAUCAGCAACAGCAACAACAAUACAAUCAACAGCAGCAGCAGCAGCAACAGCAGCAGCAACAUCACCAUCACCAGCAGCAGCAGCAACACGUACAGCUGCAUGGGCACCACAUACACGGACAGCAGCAGUAUAGUCCCUACAACCAGCACCAGUACUAUCAUCAUCCAUCAGCUCAGCAACAGCAGCAGCAGCAGCAGCACCAACAACAGUACCUUCACUAUCAACAACAUCAGCAACAACAUCACCAGCAGCAGCAAAGAGAGCACCAUCAUCAGCAUCAUCAACAGCAGCAGCAGCAGCAGCAAACACAACAGAUACAGCAUCAACAUCAUCAAUCUUCCUCAGGUCAUAACCACCACCAGUCGCCACAGCAGAGUCAGCUGGUGCACACGCAACUGCACAAGUCGAUGUGGGCGAUCAAUCCACUGUACGCUUCCAGUGGAGUGAUCAACGAUGAGAAUGAGGGUGACACGAACACCACCUACCGGACACGAUCCCUACCUUCGUGGGGUAAGAAUAAGCAGCGCCCGCUUUCCAAUGCAGACGAUCUGGAGGAGCUGUACGCGAAGGUGAAUUUUAGUAAAAAACGACGCAACAGGAUGCGCAAUGAUGAAGCUGCCAUUAUUGCCCUGUGCCGGUCGCGGUCGCAGAAUCUUGCCGCACUGCCCCACGCCGCCGAUCAGGAUGCAGUGGUCGUGUACGAUGAACGCACUGCCCUCUAGAUCAAAAUGCAGGCUUCCUGGUAGUUCUCUUACUGUAAAUCGAAAAAAAAAACACGUCAAUAGAUAUUUGUAGCUAUAGAAGGUGGAAAGGAAAGGAGUAUAUCUUAGGCUGUCGUCACCUGUCACUGGUGGAAAGCAUCGCUCUAGUCUCUAGUCGAAUACGUUCGUACACGUGCGCGUAGUUGUUGAAUCACUUCAUACCGCUCGGUAGCAUAGUCGCGUUUCGUGCAAGGAACAACCCGUGUUGUUAUCUUUGCCUACGUAUGCAUACCGCAACCACCCCCAGUGCCAUUUUAGCUCCCGUUAGUGUUGAGUGAGCGUGCGAGGAAACAAUUUCCUAGUGCUCUAGCUGAAGGUUUGAACAACCCCAAAAAAUUAAAUGCUCAAUUGCACUUGAAGACGGUGAAGUAAGCAAACGAACAACCAUCGACGAUAGCAUCAAUUUGCAUCAUAUUGCAUAAGUCAUUUGUAAUCACCCGUUGUUGCAUUCCAUCAGAGUAGCAUAAAAUUCGUAUCCUUCUUUUAAAACGAUUUCAUGCUCCUCACCUAUUUGCGAAGAGCGUACUAUCAGUUUAAACAUACCAGGAACUCGCCACAUGGUGGUAGCAUUCGUCUUCUGCCUAUCAGGUGCAAUUUUGCGCGAAACGACUAAACUUCUCUUCGGCUAGCGAAUGUUGAUGGUUGCGUAAACAAAUUAGCUAGUAUUAACAGGAACCGAUUCAACGAUCCCCUCCCCAACCCCCCUCCUUAUGUCACACAAAAGAUGUACAUGUGUUGAAAAGAAGACUGAUGAACGAACCCGACAAAAAAAGAACUCAACUCCCGCUGAUAUUUAAUAGUACUUUCACAUCACCGUUUGUGGAUCGUAGGUGUAUCGAUUGGGCUGGGAGAGAAGAAAAACUCGAGAUAUCGCCAAUAUUCCCAUUUUUAUCUACAUCUACAUUGCUGCCGAGAGAAAAGCGGGCCGUUGGAAACGUUCACGGCAAAACGUUCAGUAUUUUUUAGAACGCCUGCCCAAAACCUUCCCAUGCACUACACAUUGUUCGGAGUAGGAAGCAGCUAGCAGAAAGUUAGUAAAAUGUUUAAAUCGCGCCAACGCUUUUUAGUUUAAAGUGGUGCCGAGUGGAAAUCCCGGAAAUAGCACCGUAGGUGGUAAAGUGCAGUAGAAUCGUUGUGUUUUUUUUGUUGUUGUGUGGAUCGCCAAACUAUCGCGGAAUGGAAGGUAUGCAAUUUCUUCUUGCCGGAUUAAUCUUAUCAUUCGUCGUAGAAAAUCAUUAGCAAACUCGUUAAAUGGAAAUUGUAUCGAACCAGUGGAUCCAAGAGGCUUGAAGCUUGGCGGCGUACAGGUAAUGAGAUAGAGAGAGAGAGAGAGAGAGAGAGAGAGAGAGAGAGAGAGAGAGAGAGAGAGAGAGAGAGAGA